AGCCCCGCCGCCGCCAUGUCGGUGCCCAGCGCCCUCAUGAAGCAGCCGCCGAUCCAGUCCACGGCGGGCGCCGUGCCCGUCCGCAACGAGAAGGGCGAGCUCUCCAUGGAGAAGGUGAAGGUGAAGCGGUAUGUGUCGGGGAAGCGGCCCGACUAUGCGCCCAUGGAGUCCUCGGAGGAGGAGGAUGAGGAGUUCCAGUUCAUCAAGAAGGCGAAGGAGCAGGAGGUGGAGCCCGAGGAGCAGGAGGAGGAACUCGCCAACGACCCUCGGCUCCGGCGCCUCCAGAACCGCAUCGCUGAAGAUGUGGAGGAGCGGCUGGCAAGACACCGUAAAAUCGUGGAGCCUGAAGUGGUUGGAGAAAGUGACUCUGAGGUGGAGGGGGAAGCUUGGCGCCUGGAGCGGGAGGACACCAGCGAGGAGGAGGAGGAGGAGAUCGAUGAUGAGGAGAUUGAGCGUCGGCGUGGGAUGAUGCGCCAACGAGCACAGGAGAGGAAAACUGAGGAGAUGGAAGUGAUGGAGUUGGAAGAUGAGGGUCGAUCCGGAGAAGAGUCUGAGUCAGAGUCUGAGUAUGAGGAGUACACGGACAGCGAGGAUGAAAUGGAGCCACGUCUCAAACCUGUGUUCAUCCGCAAGAAGGACCGAAUCACAGUUCAGGAGCGAGAAGCAGAAGCACUGAAGCAGAAGGAGCUGGAGCAGGAGGCAAAACGGCUGGCGGAGGAGAGACGCAAGUACACACUGAAGAUCGUAGAAGAGGAAGCAAAGAAAGAGCUGGAGGAGAACAAGCGCUCGCUGGCAGCGCUGGAUGCUCUCGAUACAGAUGAUGAGAACGAUGAGGAGGAGUAUGAGGCCUGGAAAGUACGCGAGCUGAAGCGUAUCAAACGGGACCGUGAAGAACGAGAAGCCAUGGAGAAGGAGAAGGCGGAGAUUGAGCGCAUGCGGAACCUGACAGAGGAGGAGCGCCGUGCUGAGCUUCGGGCCAAUGGCAAGGUCAUCACCAACAAGGCAGUGAAGGGCAAAUACAAGUUCCUGCAGAAGUACUACCACCGUGGAGCCUUCUUCAUGGAUGAGGAUGAGGAGGUGUACAAGAGGGACUUCAGCGCCCCGACCCUUGAGGACCACUUCAACAAGACCAUCCUGCCCAAAGUCAUGCAGGUCAAGAACUUCGGGCGUUCAGGGCGGACGAAGUACACGCACUUGGUGGACCAGGACACCACCUCUUUUGACUCGGCCUGGGGCCAGGAGAGCGCCCAGAACACCAAGUUCUUUAAGCAGAAAGCAGCGGGCGUACGGGACGUCUUUGAGAGACCCUCGGCCAAGAAGCGGAAAACCACUUAAGUCCGUGGGCAGGAGAGUGCUUCUCUGCCAGCUGCUGGAAGCCACGGCAGGGACGAGGGACACAGGGCCAUGCCAGGACUUGUGCAGUGACAAGCCCUUCCCCUGCCCCUGGGCCAUGCCUGCCCCAGCGCUUCAGCAGCCUGGUGGGCUCCCUGCCCAGCGCUGGGCCCUGUGGGCGCUGUCCAGGCCCGUGGCUGUGCUGCCGUCACGAUGGUCUCGGCAGCACCUGAUGGGGCUGGGCAGGAGUACGGCAACACCUCCGGCUCCAGCACACCCACUUCUGGGGGAAUUAGCGGACUUUUAUAGCUGUCUGGCCCACAGCAUCUCCCUAUUGCUUGUACCUGCCCUGUCGACCAUUUGGGCCCUUUUUUUUGGCGUGGAACAGCGGUGCCCCCAUCUCCUCACCCUGUUCCUGCAGGGCUUGGCUUUUCUACCCGGGGGGGAGGGUCAGUUUGAUUAAAAGU